AUGGCUCAGAACAGAGGUAACAGAGGGGUUGACAACAUUGCCCAUGACAACACUGAGAAUAUAAAUGCUGGGAUAACAGCAGGUAAUGUUGGAGGAGUAGGUGUUGCUGAACGAGUUGUACCAGCUCAGCAACCAAUGCAAAGAAGUUUGAGGGACUAUGUGCUACCUACUGUAACGGGGGCACAGUCAUGCAUUAGACCUCCAGCAGUAGAGGCUAAUAAUUUUGAAAUUAAGCCAUCUAUAUUGCAAAUGGUACAAUCAUCAGUUCAGUUUGGGGGAUCACCAACGGAAGACCCAAACUUACAUUUGGCUAAUUUCCUAGAGAGUUGGCUUAUUUCUCUGGAAGCCAAUUCUAUCACAACAUGGGAGGAGCUAACUCAGAAAUUUUUAGCAAAAUUUUUCCCACCAUCGUUGCCUGCAAGGUAUAGAGGCGAAAUCAACAAUUUUCACCAAAACGAUGGUGAAUUGCUGUAUGAUGGAUGGGAAAGGUUUAAGGAGCUGCUGAGAAAAUGUCCCCAUCAUGGAAUUGAAAAAUGGAUGUUAGUCCAUAUUUUUUACAAUGGUUUGUGUGGUACUACUCGCACAAUCAUAGAUGCAGCGUUUGGAGGAGCGUUCAUGAGUAAGAGCGCUAAUGAAGCCUAUGAUCUGUUGGAAGAAAUGGCUAUGAAUAAUUAUCAAUGGCCAUCAAAAAGAGAAACCACUAAGAAGGUGGCUGGAGUGCAUGAAUUGGAUGCCAUCUCAAUGUUGUCCGCUCAAGUGGCAACAUUAACCAAACAGUUACAGCAGAACAACAUUCAAGCUCAAGCUCCAGUUAUGCAGAUGCAGAUUAUGUGUGAUUUAUGUGGGGGACCUCAUUUAUUUGAACAAUGCACAAUGAGGGAUCUUAACAAUAUGCCUAUGGAGCAAGUGCAAACAAUAGGUAAUUUUCAAAGGCCCUCAAAUAACCCAUACUCAAUGAACUACAAUCAAGGGUGGAGGAAUCACCCUAAUUUCUCAUGGACAAGUGGUCAAGGUACUCAGCAGCAGUUUCAGCAGAGCCAACCUCAGUACUCAAGGCCUCCUCCUGGAUUUUAUCAAUCACAAAAUAGACCACCACAACAGCAAAUACCUAUGAGGCAACCUGAAGCACAACCUGAUGUACUUAAUCAAUUUAUGACAGAAACAAGGGCAUCUAUUCGAAACUUGGAAACUCAGAUUGGACAGUUGGCCACGUUAAUGGCAAACCGAGCUCAAGGGAACUUGCCAAGAACUACUGAAGUGAAUCCGAAGGGAAAUCUUAAUGAACAGUGUCAAGCUAUUACCUUGAGGAGAGGAAUAGUAUAUGAGGGACCAAGUAUAGAGAAGAAAGUUGAGUAG